AUGUCGGCGUGCCAGGAAACGAAGUCGCGGACUGGGCGGCCAAAGAAGCGGCCGGCCACGACCCAAACGCUAAUUCUCCACCCUUCCAGAGGAAAGGCUCACAUACAGAAGAACUGGCCAAAGGCAUGGCACAAGCAGAUAUUUACAGGAGUGAAGAAGUUAUGGGAAGACGAAUACAAGAACUUACCAACCAUCUACACUACUCCUUCAAUUGUCCCGGCACUGGAGCUGGAUGAGUAUGACCUGCUUGCGCAGGAACCUGAAGUCAUAGGCACAGACCCCUACGUUGAUGAGUACGAAACCUACACCUCCCAGUCACCAAUUCCAAUUGACUGCUCCCCUCUUGCGUGGUGGCUCCGCGAUGAGCAACAUGAACGCUUUCCUCGACUAUCAAAUAUGGCAAUAGACAUUCUGUCAAUACCCGCCAUGUCUGCUGACCCUGAGCGUACAUUUUCUGGAGCACAGCGUACAAUUUCGUGGGAUAGAAUGCUUCUUGGAGCAUCGACCAUUGAAAAGGGGGAAUGCUUAAAGAGCUGGAUUCGCAACGGCAUAACGGCAGAGCUACAUGGAGAGGGGGUCCAGCAAUAUGAGUGCAUAGCAAAGGAGGGCAGCACAGGCGCUCUAGGGGUAGAUGUGGUCCCUUGA